AUGGCGAGCGGAAACCCUUCGGCGAAAUUAGACAAGCUCCCGAUUGAGCUCCUGCAUCAAAUUUACAAAAUACCGGAAAACGAAAACUUCCUUGCACUUCGAAGUACCUGUCGAAUCUUAUACAAUGCCAGUCCUCGUGAGUUAGUGCAGCGGUUCGAGGACCGUUUCACGGACGCAGUGUUUAGAAUUACUCCUCUCGAUCUCGAACUCAUGCUUUGGCUCUCUGGGGAUCCUCUUUUUCGGCAUUACUUCCAGCAGGUGUCCCUUAUCGGUCAAUACCUACCUCAGUACACUUUUGAUAUCUUAGAGAGCCAAAUUCCUGGACAGGGUGUGACCUUCAUCCCAGAAAGCAUUAAGCAGAUCUUCGCUAAAUCUCCAUAUCUAGAUUGGGAGGGGUUGCUCGAGUUUAAACAUUCCCCCGACGUCGUCCAUAUCCUGACGCAGAUUUUUACCAACUUGAAAGGUGCCAAAGGCCUGCACACAAUUAAUAUCGACGGCGGCUUCGAAGAGGCCCUUGCAGCUUUAAAAGAAAGCCGCUUAGAGAACGUGGCAGUGUUCGUGAUCUGGCCUGAGGCAUUGCGCAAAGAUGGUGACUCUAAGCUUUGGAGCUAUGUUCCUCUUUCGACAGGAAGCUUAAGGGGCAUCAUUGUCCGGUUUGAAGGUCUUCAUGGACAUAAAGGGUACGACCCCUCGCAUCCUAGCAUGAGAGCUCUAAUCAAGGCGACACGAGAUGUUCCCGAAAUAACUAUCUACGGUUGCAAACGCGAUUCUUGGGUUCACUUCUGCCCCGGAUGCUACAAUCUCUUCACAAAAUCAUUCUCCACUAUUAGCUUCCCAAAUCUUCGAAGUCUCAAACUUGUUCACCUCUACAUAUCUGGGUAUAGCUUUAGGACCUUUAUCGCGCAGCACUCCAAGACCCUUACAAAUUUCGAAAUGAUGGAUGUCAGACUUAUAUCGGAUUCAUGGAAGGCCUUAUUUCAUCAAUUACAGGACUUUGGCACUCUCAAGCUCCUUCGGCUGGCAGGCCUGUAUCAAAAUGUUCACGAGGGAAGAAAAACAAUAGGUGGACCGGGCAGACCUCCCCCGCGUAAUCAGGUUGAUGUACGCGGGGAUAGUAUUGCACCCUUCUUAGUGGAAUCUGUGCAAAACUUUGGCAUCUUUACGUAUUGUCAGAUGUACUUGAAAUUUGCGGAGGUUGAAUUGCUGGUGAUUCCUGGAAUAAGUGAGGAAGUGGACCGUGAAAUUAUGUUAGCCCAGCUUUUGAACGGCACGUUUUGA